UGGCUGGUGCAAAGGAUGCAGGAGGAGCUAUAAAUUCGGUGGUCCGCUCAAGGGGAUUCCUCACCCUCUAAACUUCAAAGAUCAUAGUUCCUGAGAUCUGAGGAAGCAGUUGCCCGAUCGUCUUUGUCAAGGAGAUGGACACCUUCCUCUUCACCUCCGAGUCUGUCAAUGAGGGCCAUCCUGACAAGCUCUGCGAUCAGGUAUCAGAUGCCAUACUUGAUGCCUGCCUGGAACAGGAUCCUGACAGCAAGGUUGCAUGUGAAACGUGCACCAAGACAAACAUGGUGAUGGUAUUUGGUGAGAUCACCACCAAGGCAAACAUCAACUAUGAAAAGAUUGUUAGAGACACCUGCAGGGAGAUUGGAUUCGUCUCUGCUGAUGUUGGCCUCGACGCAGACCACUGCAAUGUCCUGGUGAACAUCGAGCAGCAAAGUCCAGACAUUGCUCAAGGUGUGCAUGGCCACCUUACCAAGAAGCCAGAGGAGAUUGGAGCUGGAGACCAAGGCCACAUGUUCGGGUAUGCAACCGAUGAGACACCUGAACUCAUGCCCCUCACCCAUGUCCUGGCGACAAAGCUCGGUGCAAAACUCACAGAAGUCAGAAAGAAUGGAACCUGUCCAUGGCUGAGGCCUGAUGGCAAGACACAGGUCACUGUUGAGUACAAAAAUGAAGGGGGUGCCAUGGUCCCACUUAGAGUUCACACUGUUCUCAUCUCCACACAGCAUGACGAAACAGUCACAAACGAUAAGAUAGCAGCAGAUUUGAAAGAACAUGUGAUCAAACCUGUUGUUCCAUCAGAAUAUCUUGAUGAGAAAACCAUAUUUCACCUGAACCCAUCCGGCCGAUUUGUCAUUGGGGGACCUCAUGGUGAUGCAGGCCUUACUGGUAGGAAGAUCAUUAUUGACACCUAUGGAGGAUGGGGUGCACAUGGAGGUGGUGCAUUCUCUGGAAAGGACCCAACCAAGGUUGACAGAAGUGGCGCCUACAUUGUUAGGCAGGCAGCAAAGAGUGUGGUGGCAUCAGGCCUCGCUCGCCGUUGCCUAGUGCAGGUCUCCUAUGCCAUUGGUGUGCCUGAGCCGCUCUCUGUCUUUGUGGAUACCUACAAGACAGGCAAAAUCCCAGACAAGGAUAUACUGGCCCUGAUCAAGGAGAACUUUGAUUUCAGGCCAGGGAUGAUCUCUAUCAAUUUGGAUCUGAAGAGGGGAGGCAAUUUCAGGUUCCAAAAGACUGCUGCCUAUGGCCAUUUUGGACGCGAUGAUGCAGAUUUCACAUGGGAGAUCGUUAAGCCACUCAAGUGGGAAAAGGCCUAAAGUUAAACCUUUCUUACUGCUAUAUGCACUCAGAGUGCACAAAGUAUUGGUCCAUGGUGUGCCUGUUAUUCUCUUUUCCCAUUUUUCAUGUUUUUGCCUCAUUGAAAUAAUUGUGCAAGUGAGAUGUCUUGUUUGGGAGUAAAGCAGAGCGGAAAGAAAGAGCAUUUGUAUUGAGAAAAACCAGUCUGAUCAGGCUAUCAGACAUAAUUAUGUAACAUUUACUGGUUUUUCAGUUUUAUCCUAAUAAUAGCAUUUACAUUAAUCA